UCAACAUCUUCCCCUUAUUCCUUAUUCUCCAAACCAGAAACCAAAUUAUACAUAUUCUCUCUCUCUCUAUCGGUGCUUUUUCCCAGAGUUCGUACUUCAAAUUCCUCCAUAAAAAAAAAGAAAGGAAACUUAUCUGAUUCUCUCUUUACUAGUCUUCUACUACUUCCAUGGGUGAGAAAAAGGAAGAAACGGCGACGAAACCUCCUCCUCAAGCAGAGAAGAAACCUACCGCCGCCGCCGAUGGUGGUGGGAUGACCACCACCGUCGUUAUGAAGCUUGAUAUGCAUUGCGAAGGUUGCGGCAAGAAAAUCAAACGAAUUUUAAAACAUAUCAAAGGUGUGAAAGAUGUGGAGAUUGAUUAUAAGGGUAACAAAUUGACGGUGGUCGGAAACGUAGAUCCAGUUGCUGUUCGUGAUAAAGUUGCCGACAAAAUCAAGAGGCCAGUCGAACUCGUCUCUACUGUAGCGCCGCCUAAAGAAGAGACUCCUCCUCUUCCUCCUUCUUCAGGCGGUGAGAAGAAGACUCCGGCGGAAGAGAAACCGGCAGAGAAGAAACCUACCGCGGAUGAGAAAAAGGAAGAGAAGAAGAAAGAGGAAGGAAACAAGAAAGCUUCUCCUCCGCCACCACCAAAAGAGAGUACUGUCGUUUUGAAGACCAAGUUACAUUGUGAAGGUUGCGAACACAAAAUCAAAAGAAUUGUCAACAAAAUUAAAGGGGUUAAUUCAGUCUCCAUUGAUAGCGCCAAGGAUUUGGUUAUAGUUAAGGGGAUCAUUGACGUGAAACAGCUCACUCCUUAUCUUAACGAGAAGCUUAAACGCACCGUCGAAGUUGUUCCGGCGAAAAAGGACGACGGAGCACCAUCCGCGGCGGCUCCAGCCAGCGGUGAGAAGAAGGAUAAAGGUGCUGGUGAAAAGAAAGAGAUUAUUAAGGAUGUCGGAGAAAAGAAAGUCGACGGUGGCGGUGAAAAGAAGAAAGAAGUUGCAGUCGGAGGAGACGGUGGUGCUAUGGUGGAUGUGAAGAAAUCGGAGUAUAACGGCUACGGUUAUCAUCCCCAGCCUAUGUAUUACUACCCACCAGGAGGACAAGUAUACGGUCAACAACAACAGCAUUACAUGAUGCAAGGCCAAUCGUCUCAAUCGUAUGUACAAGAACCGUAUACGAACCAAGGAUACGUACACGAAUCAUAUGCAAACCAAGGUUACGGUCAAGGGUAUGGACAAGAAGCACCACCGCCACCUUAUAUGAACCACCAAGGUUACGCAGAUCCUUAUGGUCACAUGCGUGCGCCUGAGUUGUUUAGUGAUGAGAAUCCAAAUGGAUGUUCUGUUAUGUGAGUCAUAAAAAACAGUGGGGAGGAUAAUGUAAAUAAUUAAAAGAUAUAGGGAGAGAAUGGUAGAUAUGACAAAAUUGUAAACUACGAAAAAAUACGGAAACUUCCGAGUCCGGUAAUCUAAACCGGCUGGAUUGGCCGGUUAGAACCGGUUUUUUGAGAGGCGUGGAUUGGUUGGUUGGUUAGUUGGUUUUUUCUAUAUAUAUAUAGGUCCCCAUAAUUUUAUAUCCUAAGAUUGAUAAUAUCUUCUCUGUUUUAUUAACUUUUGUGCUAUGUAAUUUUCAAGUGAUCAUAAUGAAAUAUAUACUAUAAA